UUAUCUUCCCCAAUCAUUUAUUCUUUGAGUGAAACCAUUCCUAAAGCUUUUUGCUACCUUUUGCAUCUUCUUCCUUCAAACUACUGAUCCGUAGUUCGAAACUGAAGCGUAGUUAUUAUUGUUUCUUCAAACUAUUGAGGCGUAGUUCGAAACUGAAGCAUAAUUAUUGUUGUUAUUGUUCCUUCAAACUACUGAGUCGUAGUUUGGAACUGAAGUGUAGUUAUUGUUGUUAGCUUCAAUUAUGGCUAAAAUUUGUCCGGAAUUAUUGUUACAACAAUCUUCUUCUUCUCCUUCUUCGUCGUCGUCUCCUUAUGUGACAUCAAUAAGAGAAACAUUUACUAUAUGGAUGAAAUCUUUAGUUUUCCAUGGAAAUGGUUGUACUGUCUUUAAUUCUAAAGGUGAAAUUGUUUUUAGAGUUGAUAAUUACCAAGAAAGUUGUAGAGAUGAAGUUUGUCUAAUGGAUCUCAAAGGCCAAGUUCUCUUCUCCAUUAAAAGAGAGAAACUACGAGUUCUUGGUCGUUGGAAUGGCUAUGGUUGUGGUGGAAUAAAAGGGAGGCCAUUGUUUCAAGUAAGGAGGAAUGGCAUGUUUUCAAGAGAAGAUGUCAUAUGUAAUGUUGGAUGUGAUGAAAAUGUAGGAAAUAAUUGCUACAAGAUUCAACAAUUGGACAAAAAAUCAUCAUUUAAAGUCACAAAUACUGCUGGCCAAGUUGUUGCCGAGGUAAAACAGAAGAAAUCAUCAAAAGGAAUUGGCUAUGGUGAUGAUGUGUUAACUCUAGAAGUUGAACCAAAUAUAGAUCACUCUUUAAUUGUGGCUCUUGUGACAAUAUGUGGCUUAAUUCAUGGCAAAUUAUGACCAACACCAACAAUUUCUUAUAAAAUUUAUUGAUUUAUGCGUGUCAUUCUCGCGCAUGAAUCAUGCUAAUUAAUUUUUUUGGUAUCGAGCCAAUUCUAUCGGAUGUCCCCGAGGGACUAGUAAAUUUCUAUAGAAUUUCAAGAUUCAUCGACUUCUAGACCAAUAAAUGAACUACCAUUCUGAUUUAAGAAUACAUUUUAUAUUUGAUCUCUUUGUAAAUAUCAAGAUUGUAACGUCAAACAUACAACUAUACAAGUGAUUUCUCCUUAACAAGCUUGUUUAGGGCUUAAUUUUGUAAAGGGAAAUUCAAAUGUACAAUACACCAUAUUCUUUUAUUUGUUUGCUUUUAAAUGUUUCUUUAUUUA